AUGGAGGAAAAAAUACAAAGGAAGGAUGUUCGAAAACAAGACAAAACACUAAAGGAACCAAAUGGACUUCAAACUCUAGUUGUGCGAGAGUUUGAGCUGGCAGACAAACAGGAGAUACAGCGGAUUUUCUAUGAAGGGCUGAUGGAGAUGGUAGCAGACACUGCCUUCAGAGGCUUGAGACAUCAUCCUGAGUGUCUCCUGCUCUACACUGCUAUGACAGUUAUAUCUUUUGCCAUCACCAUGUGUUGGUGGGUGAUAGGACUCCUCCCUGCAAUUAUUCUGUGUGGACGCUACUUCUACAGCAGACGUGUGAUCCGUGGUUAUCUGGAGUACGCCAUGAGCAGAGACAUGGGAGACAUUGAGAGGUUUUACAUGAAAUCACCAGGCUCCUGUCUGUGGGUAGCAGUUCUGGAGAAAAAAGUGGUGGGUGUCAUAGCAGCAGUUAGCCAGCAGAAGCCAGGAGGUUCUGUUGAGCUGCAACGGCUAUCUGUUGACCAGAACUAUCGGCGGUGUGGAGUCGGCAUGGCGCUGGGACGAAAGGUUCUGGAGUUUGCUCUCGCUCAUAAAUAUUCUGCUGUUGUCUUGGGAACCACAGCGUACUCGCCCGCCGCCCACCAGCUCUACCAUCGUCUGGGAUUCCGCUGUGUGGAGAUCACCAACGGGCACAUCACACCGGGUGCGAGAUGGUCCUUACUGGAACGGAUUUUCUACAGGGUCCACCAUCAUCACUACAGCCUUGUUUUGGAAAAAAGCAAGAUCACUUCAAAUGGACAACACUGA